GCUCUGUACAGUGCGAGCACAGGCAGAGAAAGAGCAGGGAUCCACUUGAAGCUCCCCGCGUCUGUCUGUCCUCUGGGAAUAAUAACACUCCACACACACUGAAGGCAACAAAAAUGCAUUUCCAAAGGAAGAACUCUGCGUGGUCCAUUACUUUGAUUUCACUUGCUGCUUGUUUGGUUCUCACAGGUGCUCAGCAUGAACCAGGCUUCUGCGCAAUGUAUGAGGACUGUGGGUUAAAUCCCGCAGUGGAAGGGGCUCUUAUCCCCCCAAGAGUUCCCUGUAAGGACUACAGAAGAGCAGUGAAUGUGACAGGAGACCACUAUGAGCUUCUGAAAUCUGUAUGUCCAAUGCUGGCCAAUGGCGAUGGCCAAACAUUGGCCUGCUGCUCCAUCAGGCAACUCACAGCUCUGCAAAACAGCCUGUCGCUCUCCAAAGCCGUUCUGAUCCGCUGCCCGUCCUGUGCCGAGAACUUUGCGUAUCUCCAUUGCGCCACGACCUGCAGUCCUGACCAAAGUCAGAUAUUGAAGAUCACCAAAACGGCCAACAUCACUCAACCCACAGGCAUUGUAAAAGAAGCCGUGGUGGGUUACGCAGCGUAUAUAUCCACUAACUUCUCUGAUGCCUCGUUUGACUCCUGCAAAAAUGUACGAAUUCCAUCCACCGGAGGGUUUGCCAUUGCCACAAUGUGCGGCCGUUAUGGUGCAGCACUCUGUACGCCACAGCGCUGGUAUGAUUUUCAGGGCGACUCCAGCAAUGGAUUGGCUCCGCUGGAUAUUGACUUCAAGCUUUUACAAGACAGCGAGACCUCUGAAGUCCCAGCAGGAGCAUUUGCGUUUGCAGGACAAGCGUUAAAAUGCAAUGAAGUCACACCUUCCGGUGGCGAGGCCUGUUCCUGUCAGGACUGCCUACAAUCUUGUCCGGUGGUGCCAGAACCACCGCCUCUGCCGAAACCCUUCAUGAUUGGUAACCUUAAUGGGGUGCUUGUCAUCUGCCUCACAGUCUUCUCUUGCUUCCUUUUUCUUUUCCUGUGUUACGUGAUUACCGAGUGCACGACUUACUACAUGAAGUCGAGGAAGGGUCGGAAGGGUAAGAGCACCAAGGAUCAAAACGCAAAUGAGAUCAAAUUUAAAAUCAGCCCUAAAGAUGUUUCGUGCUCUGACAAAGCCAGUCUUGCCACUCAGGAAUUCCUAGGGUCUCUUUUCCAGUCCUGGGGGACCUUAAUGGCACGGUAUCCCUACAUAGUGCUUCCGGUCUGCCUUGUGAUUGUGCUGGUGUUUGCGGUGGGAAUAAAGGACAUAGAACUGACCACAGAUCCCGUCCAGCUCUGGUCAGCACCUGAAAGUCGCGCCAUGCGGGAGAAGGCCUUCCACGAUGCUCAUUUCGAUCCGUUUUACCGCACCAAUCAGCUGAUCUUGACGGCUCCAGGCCGGCCCAGCCACUUCUAUGACUCCUUACUCUUUGGCAAGCAGAACUUCAGUGGCAUCAUCUCCAAAGAUUUGAUCAUAGAGCUGUUAAAGCUUCAGCAGAGCAUCCAAGCAAUUGAGUUCUGGUCAGAUGAACUAAACAGUACCGCCAGCCUUAAGGAUGUUUGCUAUGCGCCACUCAACCCAGGCAACCCCUCGUUAACCGACUGCGCUGUCAACAGUCUGCCGCAGUACUUCCAAAAUAGCAUCGACAACCUGAAUGCCAAAGUGAACAUGACAGAGCUUGGUGUGACUAAGGAAGUGGACUGGCGGGAUCAUUUCAUCUACUGUGUUAACUCUCCACUAUCAUUUAAAGACAUCACAGCUCUCGGCAUGAGCUGUAUGUCUGACUAUGGAGGCCCUGUGUUCCCCUUCCUGGCUGUCGGAGGAUAUGAUAAUGAACAAUACACCACUGCUGAGGCCCUGAUCCUCACUUUUUCCCUCAACAAUUAUGCAAGAACAGACGUUAAAUUUAAGGUGGUUGAAGAGUGGGAAAACCGGUUUCUUAAAAUCGUCCAGGAGUAUCAGAAAAACUCUACAACAAACUUCACAUUUGCUUACAUGGCUGAGAGGUCUUUGGAAGAUGAGAUUAACAGAACGACAGCGGAGGAUAUCCCCAUAUUCAUGAUAAGCUAUGCUGUCAUCUUCCUCUACAUCGCAGUGGCUCUUGGGGAAUAUUCAUCCUGCAAGCGUAUCCUGGUAGACUCGAAAUUCCUGGUAGGCCUGGGUGGGAUUCUGGUAGUCGGCUGCUCUGUCAUAGCCUCAAUGGGUUUCUAUGCUUGGAUUGGUGUGGCGUCCUCGCUGGUCAUUCUGCAGGUGGUGCCCUUCCUUGUACUGGCCGUGGGAGCUGACAACAUCUUCAUUUUUGUCCUGGAGUAUCAGAGAGACCUGCGCAGACCAGGAGAGCAGCGGGAGGAACAGAUCGGCAGAGUUCUCGGAAACGUGGCUCCCAGCAUGCUGCUCUGCAGUUUGUCUGAAUCUGUUUGUUUCUUCCUGGGAGCAUUGAGCACCAUGCCAGCAGUGAAGUCUUUCGCUCUGUACGCUGCAUUGGCUGUGCUGAUGGACUUUGUUCUCCAGAUGACUGCCUUUGUGGCUCUGCUUUCUCUGGAUGCUCGCCGUCAGGACUCAAACCGCUGUGAGAUAGCCUGCUGCGUGACAGUGGACACUCCACGACCGCAAAAACCCAACGAGGGCAUCCUGCUGCCGCUCAUGAGGAAAUACUACGCUCCGUUCCUACUCAACUCUUUCAGCAGAGUAGUAGUGAUGGUGUUGUUCCUGGUGAUGUUCUUUAGCUCUGUGUUCCUCAUGUUUCAUGUCAAAGUGGGCUUGAAUCAGGAACUGGCCAUGCCAACUGACUCCUACAUGCUGGACUACUUUGCAUACCUGUUUAAGUAUUUUGAGGUUGGUGUGCCCACGUAUUUCAUCACGACCAAAGGGUUCAACUUCAACAGCGAGGAGGGCAUUAAUGCAGUGUGUUCCAGUGUGGGAUGUGACCAGUUCUCUAUGACCCAGAAGAUCCGCUACGCUACUGAAUAUCCUGAGCGAUCUUAUCUGGCUAUCCCAGCAUCCUCUUGGGUGGAUGACUAUAUUGACUGGCUGAACCCUGGAUCCAGAUGCUGUCGCCUUUACACAUUUGGUCCAAACAAAGAUGAAUUUUGUCCUGCCAAUGAGACCGGUGUCUGUCUCAAGAAGUGUAUGGGCAAACCUGAAAAUGGUGUACUGCGGCCUGAUGUUUCAGAAUUCAACAGAUUUCUGCCAGAUUUUCUGAGCAACAGACCUGACCUGCAGUGUCCAAAAGGUGGUUUGGGAGCCUAUGAUAAAGCUGUGAUUAGAGACAAUGAAACUGGGGAAAUAAUAGGUGUUUGCUGGUGUUGCGAUGACCAAUCUGCCCGGAAUUGUUGUUUUGGCGUUUGCUAAAGCUCAGCUCAUCCAGAUCUUCUUCUUCAGACUCAAUCUGGUCAUAACUCUUCUCGGCAUGGCCCAUGGACUCAUAUUUCUGCCUGUGCUGCUCAGUUACUUUGGUCCUGGAGUAAACAACGCACUUCUGCUGCAGAUUCAAGAAGAACAAGAAAAAGAGAUGGAGCUCAAUAGUAAAGCUACAUAUGACAACGUUUGCUUUGAAAACCAUGAAAAAUCUAACGGCGAAAUCCACGUAGAGCCUGCAAGUUUGCCUGAAAACCAUGAAAAGUCCAACGGCGUAAUCCCUGCAGAGCCUUCAAGUUUCCCUGUAGAGCCUUCGAGCCCUCCAGAAGAGCCGUCAGUCCUAAUAAUGGCAGUGAUUAUGCCUGAAACCACCCAAAUGCCCACCGAAUGGAUAUCUCCAAGUUGUAGCCCUAAAACUUUCUUUGAGUUUAUUUACCAUAUCAUUAUACUGAACUGGAAGUCUUAAGAAUGCCACUAUUGUAAAUGCAUGCGAGUCUCUAAGGGAAAUAAAGCAGCCAAUCACAAGCCAUCGAUGAAACGCUGUAAGCAGAAUGUGAUCCUGCUCUGUCAGCUCUAUGCGUUUCACAUGGACUUCUCUGAUAGCAUUGCGCUACUGCUGUUCUGAAGAUGGGAGAUAUUCAGCUUGUCGAUCUUUCACCAUCAUUCGUACCGGUGAUUAUGUUGCCCAGGUCAAACCUGAGGCAAAGUGAUAACAGAUACAAGCUGAUUCCACCAUUUCACAACGAAGGAAAUCACUACAAUAGAGCACAAUUGUUUGACUUUUUUAUGAUGUAAUAUUUGUUAUUUAAUUCUGUCGUUAAGGUUUCACAUGAUUGAAAUGGUCUUGUUCAUGACGGAAACACUUACAGCGUUGAAUACAGGAAACUGCAACUCAAACACUCCAGUAUAGAAAGAGUAUUAUCAUAAGCAUUACUAUGUAUUAAAUGCACUGUGUGUAUUUCUACCUUGUGUAAAACAAACCGCAUUGAAUGUUCAUUACAGCUUGUGUGUUUAAAGUUUACCAUUUACUGUUGAAGGAGCCAUCGAGCACUUUUACAAUUUCUCUUUUAAUAAAUGUUGGAAAAACAUUUUCAGAGGCAAUCAAGGAAAAACUUUUUAUAUGUAAAAAUAAAUGUUUUAAGGAUAUUUAUUGUGGAAUAAAUGUAAUGAUUUCACACUGUUCAAUGAAAAUAGCGUUUUAUUUUUGUCACAGGCAAUUUUAUGAAUAAAAUAUAAAAAAAAA